AGGACCUUAUGAGGUCCCAACCUCCUUACAGAAAAUUUUUCAAGCUGGAGACACUAAUCAGGAUGGACAGCUAGACUUUGAAGAAUUUAUGCAAUAUCUUAAAGACCAUGAGAAAAAAAUGAAACUAGCAUUUAAGAGUCUGGACAAAAACAAUGAUGGAAAAAUUGAAGCAUCAGAGGUUGUCCAGGCACUCAAGAUAUUGGGUAUAAAUAUUUCAGAACAUCAGGCAGAAAAAAUCUUACAAAGCAUUGAUGCUGAUGGGACAAUGACAGUGGACUGGAAUGAAUGGCGGGAUCAUUUUAUGUUUAACCCUGCUACAGACAUUGAAGAUAUAAUCCGUUACUGGAAACAUUCCACUGUGUUGGAUAUAGGUGAUAGCUUGACCAUUCCAGAUGAGUUCACAGAGGAAGAAAAAAAAUCUGGGCAGUGGUGGAAACAGCUGUUAUCAGGAGGAGUGGCUGGUGCUGUCUCUCGAACAGGAACAGCACCGUUAGAUCGCCUUAAAGUCAUGAUGCAGGUUCACAGUUCAAAGUCAAAUAAAAUGAAUAUAGUAGAUGGUUUUAAGCAGAUGCUGAAAGAGGGAGGUAUCCGAUCCCUUUGGAGAGGAAAUGGUGUUAAUGUUGUUAAAAUUGCACCUGAAACAGCUAUUAAGUUCUGGGCAUAUGAACAGUAUAAGAAGCUAUUUGCUAACAAAGAUGGAAAGAUAGGUAUGAUCGAAAGAUUUAUUUCUGGUUCUUUGGCUGGCGCAACUGCACAGACCUCUAUUUAUCCCAUGGAGGUUUUAAAGACUAGACUGGCUGUGGGCAAAACAGGACAAUAUUCUGGGAUGUUUGACUGUGCCAAGAAGAUUUUAAAACGAGAAGGUGUAAAGGCCUUUUACAAAGGUUAUAUUCCCAAUAUUCUGGGUAUAAUUCCUUAUGCUGGCAUAGAUCUAGCUGUUUAUGAGGCUUUGAAGAAUACAUGGCUAGAACAUUAUGCAUCAGACUCUGCCAAUCCUGGUGUCCUUGUGUUGCUGGGAUGUGGUACUGCUUCUAGCACCUGUGGUCAGUUAGCCAGCUACCCUCUUGCACUUAUCAGGACUCGCAUGCAGGCUCAAGCCUCAGUGGAAGGAGCCCCACAGCUAAACAUGGUUGCUCUCUUUCAAAAAAUAAUUUCUGCAGAAGGGGUCCAAGGACUGUACAGAGGCAUAACUCCUAAUUUCAUGAAGGUGCUUCCAGCUGUCAGCAUUAGCUAUGUGGUAUAUGAAAAAAUGAAGCAAAAUUUUGGAAUAGCAUGAGCAGAAGAAAAAAGGGGAGAUGUCUUUACCCCUGACAGGAAGAUUCAAACAAAUGAUUUUUUUUAAAUAAUUGAUUUGUUCUCUUAAUUGGGGAAUAGAUCUUUGUGCAAAAAUUCUAGAGCUUUUUCUUUUGUCCUCCCACCCCCAAGUUGGAAGAAACUGCCAUUAGUUUCCAUCCCACUGUUCCAAAAUAGCUAGCAGCCUUGCACUUUAAAAACAUGUCCCUGAGUUAUAAAAAUCAAGAAACACAGCAUCUUUAGUCAGUUAGCAGUUAAAACACUAUCAGGAAAUCAUCCACAGUUUAGCUCCGAGCUUUCAUUUUCUUAUCCCCUUACUGUGUACUUAACUGGGGUGAAGCCUAACUUGGAGAAAUUUUAUAUGCAUUUGUAUUACAAAAUUCAAAUUUAACUUGUCCUGCUUACACUGUGAAUACUCAACCAAUUCACAACUAACCUUUUGUAUUUAUCUUCUGUAAAGAAAAUACUGCUUUUUGGUAUAUUAAAAAAAAAAAGUCCUAUUUAAAGCACAGCACCAAAAACACAUUGCUUUAGAUGCAGGCAAGAAAGAAUAAUGCUUAAAAAUUAGUCCCGAUCAUUUUGUUUCCUUGAAGAGAAAACUCUUGGCUUAUAUUAUGACAAAUGAACGCAUAGGAAGAUGUUGCUCCAUGGUAUAGAAUACCUCAAGCUGAGUCAAAUCCUAUUUCUUUUGAUGGUCCAGUUAAGACCUUUGUAGGUUUUUCACUGGGUUGCUUUCCAUUUCAUUUGUAAAUACUGAUACUAUUAAUCAAGACAGUCUUGCUUCCUCUUGCAAACUUUAUAGCAUCCUAACUCUUGGACCACACUGAUUCCAACUCCUCAAGUUGUGAACUAGGAAUUGUAGUUUCAGGGUAAAGAAUAUAUCCAGUAUUACACUGAUGCCACCUUCCUUGCUUUUAUACUCAUACAUUCCUGUUAAUACAGUCAGCAUAGCCAACAGCUCAGGGAUAAUUAUGAUUGCCUUGGUGGGGCUGGGAAUGCUUUCCUUGUUAAUGCCUUAGAACAAAUCCCUUUUUCUUUCCUCAGACAGGUUGAAAUCUAAGUAUUAUCCUUCUUGGUGGAGAAGUACUGUUUAUAAUCCAAGGCUCACAUUCACUCCCAUGCCUCUGGACCCACCUCCAAGCUCAGGGUGUGAUACUAGCACCAGAAAAUGAGACUAGUUUAUCUGAGUGGCUGUUAAAGCACACCUCAGGUUUCUCUUAUUAACAAGCAAAGAUCCCAACAAAUCACCCACAGCUUAUGCACUUGCUUAUUAAUGAGUCACCAUUUCCCAACUUCCCCUGUAUCAGGAAUACAUAUAUUUAUAUAUACACGCUUCCUGAAUGGCUUCCUCAUUUUAAGGCCUGUUUUAGGUGCCUGCUAGCCUGAACAUUGGCACAAAGAAUUAAUUUGUAUAAAUUCUAGGGAAUGGAGUCAGACAGAAUUCCAUCCUAUCCAUACCAUAGACACAGAGGUAACCUUUGUCAUUCCUGAGUUGUUAACAGCUAUGUCUCAGUUUUCUGCCUUUGGCUUGCACCCUGAAAUUCAGUUAGUUUGAGCAGAACCCAUUUGCAUACUCAGCCUCAUUGUUGUCAGUGCAACCUCAGUGUGACAGCAAGUGGUCUGCCUUGUCUCAACUGUAGCAUCAGGGCUAUAAUUUUCAUAAGGACUUGAGCUGUGUCCUUCAAGUAAUACAAUCUGUUAAAGAGAAUCUGUGGUCAGUGCAAUUUCCAGCUGCAAUGUAUUUUCAGUUGUCCCAUGUCUGAUGUUUUAAAAUGGCAGCUUUUUCUGGCUUUAACUUGAUCUCAAUGGGUCUUCUAGGGCAGGGGUUGUCCUCUAGGGGAGGGGUACUUUGGAGGGCCCUAGCGGGUAUGUGUGAGUGGGCAGGGAUGGGAGUGGGGUGAGGGCAGUGGUACCCCUGUGGGCUGCGCAGGCACAACCUGGGCAGCUGGACGCAUGGGGGAAAGCUUGAACAUGGUGGCCGCUGCUGCUUCCCACCACCCUGCGCUGCAGCCUCCCAGCCACUCCCGGCCCCGCCCCCCACCACUCCACAUCUGGCUGCGCGCCACCCCCCUCCAUCCCCACCCUCCCGCUCGGCGGCUGAGCUACUCUGCUCCACGUCCGGCUGCCUGGGGGUACAAUGAUCGAAAAAAGUUGAAAACCCCUGCUCUAGGGAAACCUCAAUGUUCUGCAUUUAUUUUAAAAACCAAAGAGUAAAUCACUUCACACCAAUCAUAGUACUUGAGUACCACAUCUUUCUGAUCUGAAUGUCUUUUUCUUUACUGUUUUCUCUGUACUUAUAUGUGAUUUACAAGAUCAAUCCUGUUUCUCAAUCAUGUUGUUUGACCGUAACCUUAUAGUAGGUAUAUUUGGUGUGCAAUAUGAAGAUGACCUAAGCAGUGUCUGUCUACUAGAUGCUGUCCAUUAAGUUAAUAUUUAAGUGCUAUUAUGAGUGAUAAUUGCAGUGGUGAUAUUUUCGACUUUGGGAGUACAUGCAACUUGAAUUCUAGCUUCUCACUAUGUGCCUUCAAAUGGCUGUGUUCAAAUUGUAUACUUUUAGCCUGUUUAAAAAACAACAAAAACCCUGAUGUUUACUUUUAUAGAUCUGUAAAUCUACCAGUUUAUAAUAAAUGUCUUUUUCCUAA